GUCAGAAACAGAAGUGCUAAAAAACGCUAAAAAUGGGCUUCACUUGCCUCAAUUGAGUUCCAAUAGGGUCGCUGUGUCCAUUUCUUUUACUGUCUAUGGGUUUUCCCUUUGCAUUUCACUUUUCUGCGCGUCUCGAUUUGUGGCACUGUUUUUACGUGGGGGCGGAGCCAAGGGAAGGGGGCGUGUACAACAUGCCUCCCUGGAAGUGACGUCAUCUGCCUGAGACAGCUCACUGAUCCAGGUACUGCUGCAUCCGAAAACUUAGGCAGGUGACAUGCUGUCUAAUCAGGCAAUGACUUUGAAGGCAGCGUUUUUGCACGAAGGGACCUCAUAUAACUGAGUUCGGACAGGCUUCUGAAGCAGUAUAAUGGUUUAAUGAUCUACAGCAAAAUAGAGAGCUUUGGUGAUAACUAGGUGUAUAUUUCAUUACUGCAAUAUUAAUUUCUCGCUAGAAAUGGCAUAAAAAAAGAAAAACGUUGAUCAAAAACAUACAUUUAUACACAAACUGACCACCGACCGCAACUUUCAGACGCCAUCUUUAUUUUUUUGCUUAACCAGAGCCUGUCUACGGAGAGCCUUCCCACUCCGUAUUAAGGCCCAAUCCCAAUUCUAUUAUAUACCAGGGACAGUUUAUAAGAGACAUGCCACUUCCUCAAUCCUCAAUACAACUAUAUAAAGAAAAUCCGUAACGGCAAAGAUGCCGGUUGUGUGCACAUGUCCCGCCCCUCCCGCUGGAAAGUUUUUAAAAGUCAAGCCGGGAAACAUUUUAGCCUAUCGUCUUGUUCCACUGACGUUUGCGCACAGUUGAGGAACCUUUGCGCAUGUGUAGUAAAGGUAUAACCUGUGGUGAAAAAGGCGUUUUAAACCUUAUUUUGGGGUAACGUCAUCAAAAUUUUUCAGCGAUUUUUAUCAUAUUUCACUGCUGUUUCUAUACAUGCUUGUUUUUAUGUCCCGGUGACCAGUGAAAGUGCAGUUCUGACUCUCUGCCCAUUCAUUUAGAUAGGAGCUGGUCUUGUUAUUCUGAAAUAGCUGCCCGGAGGCGUUGCCAAGAUGGCGGCCGAGUGGCACGACUUGUCUGAAAGGACUUUGACUUAGAUUUUGUUUGCAGUAGAGUCCUCAUACACACAUAUGAAACAGAGCACAUAUCACACAUUCAGAGAAAGAUUGUUGUCACUGCACCACCCGGCCAUGUGGCUCACUUCGCUCCUGUAGUUUGUCUCAUCUUUAUUGCUAAUGAGACCCACCACAGUCGUAUCAUCCAAAAACUUAGAGGUUGGAGUUGUGUGACGGUAUGCAGUCAUGGCGUGGGUCAGCAGAGUGAAGAGGAGGGGGCUCAGCACACAUCCUUGGGGGGCCCCAAUGUUCCGUUUGAUGGGAGGAGGUGGAGUCUUCUGUGCAGUGGUGCUGUUUUGUUGCUCAAAAAGCGAAGAAGGUGUUCAGCUCGUUCAGUAGAGAGAUGUUGCUGUCACAGGUCUGUGGUGGGGGCUUGUAGUCCGUAAUGGUCUGUAUCCCCUGCCACAGGCUCUGCUGUUGCUGAAUUGAUGGGCUAUCCUCCUGGAGUGAUGUCUCUUAGCCUCUCUGAUGCUGCGGGACAGGUUGGCCCUGGCUGUUCUCAGGCCCACCUCAUAUCCAGUUCUGAAGGCAAUGUUCUGUGUCUUCAAGACCUGUAGACCUUCAGGACCUGUAGACCUUCCCUGUCAUCAACGGCUUCUGGUUGACCUGUACACUGAUUGUCUUUGUGGCUGUUACAUCAUCAAUACACUUGUUGAUAUAGCUAGUGACAGUCUCUGAGUACUCCUGGAGGUCAGUGGUGUUAUUGUAUGUGGCAGCCUGCUUAAACAUAUUCCAGUCAGUUGUGUCAAAGCAGUCUUGAAGAGCCCCUGACGAUCCUUCAGGCCACACUUGAAUCUGUUUUUGAACUGGUUUGGUGACUUUAAUGAGUUGACUGUAUGCAGGCAUUAGCAUGAUAGUGAUGUGGUCUGAGGCUCCGAGGUGGGGGAUGGGGAGGGCUUUGUAACCUUCUCUCUGUGUGGUGUAAACAAAGUCUAAAAUGUUAUUACCUCGUGUUAAAAAGUUAAUGUGUUGGUGUAUUUUUGCAAACACACUCUUUAAGUCAGCAUGGUUGAAAUACCCAGCUAUGAUGAGAAAAGUAUCAGGGUGUGCUGUCUGCUGCUCACUGAUGUGCUGGUGCAGUGCAUCGUUCCUGUUGCAGUUGAUGUUGUUUGGGGGAAUGUAAACCGAAACGAGCAGUAUGGCAGUAUAUUCCCUCGGCAGAUAGAACGGCCAACACUUAAUGAUCAUAAACUUCAGCAGGGGUGAGCAGUGUUUGCAGAACACAACAGCAUCGCUGCACCACAUGUCAUUGAUAACACAAAGACUGCCGCCGAGAGAGCUCUGUCUGCUCAAUAGCACAUCAACUUGUCAAGCUGAAUAGCGCAGUCUGGAACGCUGUUGCUGAGCCAUAUUUCCGUGAACAAAAAAACACAACAGUCUCUUACAGUCAGCUGAGUUGAACGUAGUAAUUGGAUAUAGUCCAGAUUAAUGUCCAAAGAGCGUACGUUAGCCAGUACGAUGGUGGGGAUAGAUGGCUUGUGUGGGUUAGCCGUUAGCCUAGCCCAGAUACCUCCACGCUCACCCCUCUUCUGCUUCCUCUUACUUCCUUUUUUUAAUUACAUAAAAAGACAUUAUCAACGGACUGUGGGAUGGAUAAAAAUAUUUGAUCAAUCUUUGAUAACCUCAGGUUGCUCUGGUCAGGCGGGUUUGUUUAUUCUUUAAACUCGUGGCCACAACAAAACUAAACCAAAAAGACUCAAGCUUCUUUUUUUUUAUCUUACAGUGACAGUCAUUUAUUAAAUUAUGCCAUGAGUUAUGUAAAUGAAAAAUGAAGUCGAGAUCAAUAUGAAACUUGAGUCGAAGACCUUUUUAACGAUGGAAGUUAUAGUUUAUGAAGUGUUUAAUUGCAUUAUUUUACAUUAAAAAUAGCAGUAACUCUGAACUAAUGUGAACAAAGAACGCUUCUGUGUGCUGGCAUCAUCCCACAUGUUAAGAGAUUUUAAACAAACACUGUUAAUACACAAGCAGUUAACCAAAUGAUCCAAACACUUUUUAAUGCUAUUAAAGUGUGCAGACUGAGAGAAAUAAACGCCAGAUAUUCAUGGUAACAACUUCUUUAACUUGAACAAACAGUGCUAAUACACAUAUACAUUUGUUAAUAAAGUAAAUAAAACGAAAACAUGCAUGUUUUAAUGCUACUGAAUAAAAGGAAACGAUCCACUCGCAAGCCUCUGCUCAACCAUAGACAGUAAAAGAAAUGGACACAGCGACCCCAUUGGAACUCAAUUGAGACAAGUGAAGCCCAUUUCUUCAUAUACACACUCCUUCCCGCACUCUAAGAUCUGCUUCUGCACUUACACUUGUUCAGCCACGCACUCGGACAACUUCUCUGGGGUCACGAGCUUUUGGCUUUGCUGCUCCCCAUUUAUGGAACUCUCUUCCUGUAGAAGUUCGCAACAGUUCUAGUCUCUCAGUUUUUAAAUCUCGUCUUAAAACAUAUCUGUUUAGGCAGGCUUUUAUGUGAUUUAAUGUUUGUUGUUGUACUGGUUUGAUUGAGUAAUGUCUUUUUUUUAAUGAAUUGUGUAAGGUGUCCUUGAGUGCCAUGAAAGGCGCCUUUAAAUAAAAUGUAUUAUUAUUAUUAUUAUUUUUAGCGUUUUUUAGCACUUCUGUUUCUGACGCACAGACUCAAACGAAGCUUGACGACGUCAGCAACCUGUCUGCCAGAUGUAAAUCUUCUAAGUGGCUGUGCGUGCAAACUGCCAUCGUUAAUCUUGCAGAGACGGCGAGCUUGAGCGGGGAGUUCUUUGUCGUGAGUGAGCAGGAUUAAGUAUUCUGAUUAAUUAUUUUGUAUAGUAUUUUAAAAUGUAACGCCAGUACGCCAUAUUAAGUUAAUUGCCUGCGAGCUUCUCCUCCUGUCUGUACGGUAAUGCGAAAGAGAGACGAGCCUAUUAGGCUAUAUUAGCCUAUUUUUUACAAAAACUGUUUAUACGGGGCCAUAAUGUAACAUAGAAGGUAAUGGAGCCCUUUAUACAUUGUCGUGUAUCUUUAGAAAUAAAUAAUGGACAAACGGAGUCUUUAAACGCCUCAGAUGUAAAGUUAUUCGCUGUCAAAGUGACGCCAAAAUGAAGUGAAGUUCUGCUAAAAGAUGGCAGCCCCCACCCGACUUCAACUUCCGGUCGAGUUCCUUGCCCCCUGUGCUCAACAAAACAGUGAGCUGCGUCUCGGGCCGAUGGCGUCACUUCCAGGGAGUCAUGUUGUACACGCCCCCGUCCCUUGGCCCCGCCCCCACGUCAAAACAGUGCAACACAUCGAGACACGCAGAAAAGUGAAGCACAAAGGGAAAACGGUAUCACAAGCUCAAACUACACUGACACGCAAAAUAAAAGCAGUGUUGCAAAUAAAUUAAUAGAUAUGACCAUGGAAAAUAUGUAUUGCAAAAUCAUUGCUUUCGUGCGGUUUCAUUUAUGUUUUUCAAUUCUCUAUUUUUGUUUGCAAAACUUCAUUUUUUUCUCCAAAAACUUUAUUUUCUUAUGCAGUUCUUUAUUUUAUUUUAAUGUUUGUAUAUAUACGGCAUUAUUUUGACCCCAUAUCAUUACCUCUUAUAGAGAGUUUCUGUAUAAGACUGCCAUCUAGUGCUCCUGUUUUAUGACUUUUGCACACGUUUCGGAACCAGGAAAUGUUUCAGUUCAGCGAAAUCGAAAUUAAACUGCUGUCGAACUGUUGCGAAUGUCUCUCCAGCUGUGAGUGCGUGCAGUAAAAUGGCAGAAUCCAGUGUUUCUUUGGCUCAGAAUGAGUUCACUUGUUCAAUCUGUCUGGAUCUACUAAAGGAUCCAGUGACUAUACCCUGUGGACACAGUUACUGUAUGAGCUGUAUUACAGACUGCUGGGAUCAGGAUUAUCAAAAUGGAGUCUAUAGCUGCCCUCAGUGCAGACAGACCUUCACUCCAAGACCUGUUUUAGGUAAAAACACAAUACUGGCUGAAGUGCUGGAGAAACUCAAGAAGACAAAACGCCAAGCUGCUCGUCCUGCUCAGUGUUACUCUGGAUCUGGAGAUGUGGAGUGUGACGUCUGUACUGGGAGAAGAUGUAAAGCCAUCAAAUCUUGUCUGGUGUGUCUGGAAUCUUACUGUCGAAAUCAUUUAAAACGUCAUGAAGAAUUUCACUCUGGAAAGCGACACAAAUUGACUGAUGCCACUGGACAACUGCAGGAGAUGAUCUGUCCUCUACAUGAUAAACUGCUGGAGAUUUUCUGUCGUACUGAUCAGCAGUGUAUAUGUUAUAUGUGUAUGGUAGAUGUACACAAAGACCACGACACUGUAUCAGCUACUGCAGAGAGGACUGAGAAACAGAGACAACUGGAGGAGACGCAGAGGACAAACCAGCAGAGAAUCCAGGAGAGACAGAAGCAUAUUGAGGAGCUGAGAGAGGCUGUAGAGUCUCACAAGCGCUCUGCACAGACAGCAGUGGAGGACAGUGAGAGGAUCUUUACUGAGCUGAUCCGCUCCAUUGAGAGAAGCCGCUCUGAGGUGACACAGCUGAUCAGAGAUCAGGAAAAGACUGAAGUGAGUCGAGCUGAAGGACAACUGGAGCAACUGAAGCAGGAGAUUGAAGAUCUGAGGAGGAGAGACGCUGAGCUGGAGCAGCUUUCACACACAGACAAUCACAUCCGUUUCCUCCAGAGUUUCAAGUCUCUCUCUGUUCCUCCUGCAUCUCCUAACUCACCCAGCAUCAGUUCUCAUCUCUCUUUUAGUGAUGUUGAAAAAUCUGUGUCUCAUCUGAGAGAGAAACUGGAGCAUUUAUUCAGAGAGGAAAUAGAAAUGUUAUCUGGUAGAGUGAGAAACAUCUACAUCAUACCCACCUCUGAACCCGAGACUCGUGAGGAAUUCCUCAAAUAUUCCCAUCAGCUCACUUUGGAUCCAAAUACAGUGAAUAAAAACCUGGUACUGUCUGAAGAGAACAGAGUGAUUGAAUACACUCGUCAAGAACAGCUGUAUCCUGAUCAUCCAGACAGAUUUGAUGGUUUUCCUCAGGUGUUGUGUAGAGAGAGUGUGUGUGGACGCUGUUACUGGGAGGUUGAGUGGAGUGGUUGGGUGGGUAUAUCAGUGUCAUAUAAGAGAAUCAGCAGGAAGGGAUGGGUAAAGGAGUGUGAGUUUGGUUGUAAUGAUCAGUCCUGGAGUUUGUACUGCUCUGACUCCAGCUGGUCGAUCUGGCACAAUAACGGAUUGACUAAACUCCCUGUAGUGUCCAGCUCCUCUAGAAUAGGAGUGUAUGUGGAUCACAGUGCAGGAACUCUGUCCUUCUACAGCGUCUCUGACACAAUGACCCUCAUCCACAGAGUCCAGACCACAUUCACUCAGCCUCUCUAUGCUGGGUUUUGGGCUAACAAAUAUUUGAAAGGACUAAUGUUUUUCUUUUCAAAAGCAACACUCUGUGAUCUAACAAUCUAGAUGGUACAAACUUUCAAUACAAUAUUAAUUGAUUUAUUCACUGAUUUUAUUGAUCACUUGCAAUGAUGCUUAUUUGUUGUGUAUGAAAUUGUGUAUUUAAAUGCAUUUAAAUUAACUCUGUUAAAUAACAUCACAUCAUAUCCAUUGGUGGCUGUCAUAAUCGUAUUCUCUUGGUUACAGCAAUUUCUAGAGAUCCCAUUGCAUAAACAAACAACCUCUAAUUAUCAUUAUCAAAACAGAGGGAGUGCACACCAUUUAUACUUAAUUAUAUAAAAACUUAAAUUAAAGAUGAUUUGUAACGCUAUAUUUAUUGAGUGAGAAUGAGAAUCUCAUCUCAAUCAUGAAGCACUAGUCUACAUACAGUACAAACCCUGAGCACUACAGAACCUUAAACACUUAACUUUUUUUUAACUGUUGUAUGUAAUGUAGCUUUUUCAAAAGAAAGGUUCGUGAACAAAGUUUACAAUUAUUAUAUGUCAAUUAUUUGCAUGUAAAUAAUUAUUUGCAUGUAUUGAUGGUUUUAUGUUUAUUUUGUGUUUAAAAUAAGUACUCAUGAAGUGGGAGUUGUUCUAUUUAUUUAUUUUUACUACUCACCUGUACCUUUAUCAUGUUAAUAUUGUAAAAGUUCAAUAAAAAGAUUAAGAAAGAACAACUACUCAACUUGAA